CAACCCACUGCCACACAUUACCCCUCCUGUUCGGUUGACUGUUGUUCCCCCACACAGGAAGUAUUCCCCUUCCUAUCCCGUGGUUGCUAGUUCCAGCAUUCACCCGGAGAUUAAUUUGCAGCCGGCAACCUAGAGCGUCUUGGGGAGUUCCUUAGGCCAUGCUCCAUUCUCGUCCGCUUGACAGUCCAUUCUACCUGUGACUUAUGACUGUACAAACUUCUCUGUGUAUGCUCAAGGUUCCUACUAGUACCCUCCACCUUAUCAGGACCAUACCAGCCCAUCUACGAAGAAAACACAAUUACCCCUGAGCCCUCAUAAGCCUGAACAGAAGGCUCAUUAUUGCCUGAGCCAGAGGAAGACAAGCCAGGAGGUUGAACAGCCCUCCCUGCCAAGUUUGAGCGAGGCACAACACACCCAAGGCCCAGGGACAGUAAAGAUGCUGUCUGAACGGUUACUCGACAGUUUCACCUUAAUCAAGGUGCAGUCCAUCAUAGCAGAUGCUGGGCUGUCCAACAUCCUCCUUGGGCUGCUGGCCAUCGCGGCCGUGGCACUGGCCGCCGACUACGCCCACAUGCUGUAUUUGCGGUCCCGCAUGCCGCCAGGCCCCUUACCACUACCAAUCGUCGGCAACACCUUCUCCUUACCAGACAACAAGCCUUGGAUAUAUUUUGAGGCACUGUCUAAGAAGUACAACACGCCCCUAAUCACCUUUUGGAUCGGACGAAACCCCACCGUCUGGAUCAACGACGCAUGGUGUGCUCACGAGAUCUUUGAGAAAAAGGCUCAAAUCUACGCCUCACGCCCUCGCAUGAUUGUCUUUGGCGAGCUCGGGUCGGGCCAGUCGAACCUGGUGACGAUGCAGAUCCGCAACCAGGCCGAGCGCGACCACUGGCGCAUCCACCGCAAGCUGAUGCACAUUGGUGUCGGAGUGCAGUCGGUUCGUGGCUACCGCGAGAUCCAGAACAACGAGAGCAAGGUGGUUGCGCUGGAUUUCCUGCGCGAGCCGAAGGAGUAUGUGAAGCACCUGGAGCGAUAUGCCACGAGCGUAGUGAGCAUUAUCGCGUUUGGUAGGAGGGUCGCGAGUUACAAUGAUCCUAUUAUUACAGAGGUCAUUGCCCUGAUGCAGUUGGCGGCGGAUUUGAAUGUGCCGGGCAAGUCGUUUCCUAUGUUGUUGGAGACGUUCCCAAUCCUGGCCAAAUUCCCCCGAUUCAUGCCCUGGUUCAAAGGCCUCGGCGCGCGCGGCCGAAAAGGGGGGCACUACUUCUUCUAUGCACUCGCCGAAGAAGCACUCGGGCAGUACAACCAAAAAUCCCCCUCAGAACAAGCCUCCAUGCCCACACCCUACGUCAAAACCCUCUUCGAAGAAACCAAAAAGUACAACCUCCCCAUCGCCGAACUGUCCGGGCUAACCGGCAACCUCUUCGGCGCGGGCUCCGACACCUCUUCCUCCACCCUGAUCACCUUCAUCCUCGCAUGCUGCGCCUUUCCGGACGCAAUGCACAAAGCCCAAGCCGAACUGGACCGCGUCAUCGGCCCCAACCGCUCCCCGCACUGGGACGAUUCCCCCAACCUGCCCUACAUCAACGCAUUUGUCAAAGAAGUCCUCCGCUGGCGCAGCGUCGCCAUCAUCGGCGGCCAACCCCACUCCCCGACGCAGGACGAUACCUACAACGGGUGGUAUAUCCCCAAGGGGGCAUGGGUGCAGGGCAACGUCUGGGCGAUUCACCACCAUGAGAGGGAGUUUCCCGAUCCGGAUCGGUUCUGUCCUGAUAGAUAUAUCCCAGGGCAUGAACUGCAUAGGCCGUUUCCGGGGGAUAGGGGGUACAUGACUUUUGGGUGGGGACGGAGAGUGUGCAGUGGGCAGGCGCUGGCGGAGCAGGGGACGUGGAUUACGGUCGCGAGGUUGCUGUGGGGGUUUGAUAUACGGAAGGGGAGGGAUCCGGUCACGGGGAGGGAAAGGGAGGUGGAUAUCUUUGCGUUUACGAAUGGGCUGAAUAUGAGGCCGCAGCCGUUUGAGUGCGAGAUUGUGCCCAGGAGUGAGGAGGUUAGGGAGGCGAUUGUUAGGGAGGGGGAGCAGGCACUGGCGGAUUUGAGGGUGCAUGAUGGGGAGAGUAGGUAUAGGAUGAGUACCUUUUAUCAGCAGAUGAAGAGGGAGGUCAAGGAGGAGCCGGUGAUUGAUGAGAAGGGAAAUGUUAAGAUGGUUAAGGUGAAAUAGGGGGCGGACGGGAUCUGGUUUGGUAGAUGUCAAGAAGUGGGAGCGAGGAGAUGCUCAUGUUGGGUUGCCUCGGUUGCAUAGCAGUUGACACACUAAAGUUCGAGACUCUAAGUUUCUUCUCAUGACAGAGGGAACGAGAAGUUUGCAGUAUAAUGGUCAUAGCAUUGUUUCUGGUAGAAUAGAUACUAAACUUACAGGUCGUUCGAGCGUCUAC